AUGAUGAAACAUGGUUAGAAAAGGAAAUAUCCAAGUGAUGAUAAGCCAAGGAGAGAAGAUCAUCAAAGAGGUGUUUCUAACAAUAGAUGCUUCAUUAACGAUCCUCAAGGGAGAUUCUGA